GGAAGAUAUUAAAAGCAGUAGUAUAAAGAAGGACUAUCAUCUCUGGUUGGUACCAAGGAUCUCUCUCUUGUGUGAGCGUCGACUACAAGAACAUGGAGUACGAGGAUCAUUUGCAUCCAUUAGAGAGCUGCCACUCUUGCUCUUUCGACUGGAAUCUGAUCUGGUAUCCAUGGAAUUACCAUACUGUUAUAGGGAUUUGAAGUUGGACAGUGACCCGACCAGUGUCUUCCUGGUGGCUCAGGCUCUCAUGACCAUCCAGGGUAUCUUCGGUCUUAUUCCUAAUAUAUAUGGCAAAGGACCAGCAGCCAAACAAGUAUAUGAACUGAUGGUGCGAAUGAGGCGAGAAAUGGGUGGAAAUGAACCACAAGUAACCCCACAAAUAGAUCAGCUAAUCCUUAUUGAUCGGUCAGUUGAUCUGAUCACACCAUUGGCAACACAGCUAACAUAUGAUGGCCUCAUAGACCAGUUUUAUGGCAUCAUUACUGGUACUGUGAAGUUGCCGGGUGAGAAGUUUGCACAGACUAGCUCAGACACUAAUACAUCUGAUGACUCAUUUAUGGAAACUAAAACAGUGCAACUGUUCUCAUCAGAAGUACUUUAUGCAGAGAUCAGGGACUGCAACUUCUCAGCAGUGGGACCACGCCUGUCCCGCCAUGCUAAGUCUGUAGUGGCUCAGUAUGAGGAACGUCAUGCUGCAAAAACUGUAGGAGAGUUAAAGCAGUUUGUUCAGAAGAUUCCUCAGAUGGAGGUGUACAAGCAGUCAGUAGCCACACAUACAACAAUUGCUGAAUUAAUUCAGGAAGAAAUAGCAUCAGGUAUUUUUCGACCUGCAUUACAAAUGGAACAAGAAUUUUUGAAAGGGCUAGACACUGAUAAGAUAAGCCCUUUUAUAGAAGAUUGCAUAGCACAGAAGGAGUCUCUCAAUACAGUAUUGAGGUUAAUCUGCCUGCAGUGUAUAGUCAACAGUGGCUUCAAGCCCAAGGUUCUGGAGCACUACAAGAGAGAUAUAAUACACACCUAUGGAUUUGAACAUUUCCUCACUCUAGAGAAUUUGGAAAAAGCUGGUCUCCUUUACAUUCAACAAGGACGCAGCACCUAUGCUACGAUCCGCAAGACUAUGCAGCUCACAGUAGAUGAUGUCAGUGAGCAUGAUCCCACAGACAUGUCUUACGUUCACUCAGGGUAUGCCCCACUGAGUGCACGAUUAGUGGAGUUCUUGCAGUGGCCAGGUUGGCGUGCGAUUACUGGUGUCCUUCAACUUUUGCCAGGGCCAACUCUCACUGAGACGCAGCAGCUUCCUAGUGCCCUUAGGCAGAGAAGAGGUUCAGGAGGAUCUGUACAAAGUGGAGGAGAAGGUGGGACAGCACUGGUGUUCUUCAUAGGAGGCUGCACCUACUCAGAAAUUGCUGCCCUCCGCUUCUUAACAACAAGGGUUGAUCAAGGUGGUCCAGAGUAUGUGAUUGCAACCACAAAAAUCAUCAAUGGAAAUUCAUUUCUUCUGUCUCUCUCUGAUGAACUUACUCCAUAGAGUCCUUCUUUGGAAAGUUGAGUUGGAAAUAAGGAAAGUCAGAUGAAGAAACCAAAGGAUGAGCAAGAUAUAAACAACAACUGAACAGUGUUGUCUGACCUGCAGCAGUUAACAAGUUUUUGGUUGCUCCUCUGCUAAUUUUGUUGAAGUCAUUAAUUAUUAUUUUAGUACAUAAUGCAUUUGGACUUCUAAAAUUUUAUACUCAAGAGAUUAAGAUGCGACAUAAAUUCAUUGUGUAAAGCAGUAUUAAUGAGGAUGCAGUGUUAAUUUAUAAUAUUAAUCCAAAGAAAUGUGUGAAGGCUGUACUUGUAAUUUUGAGCCAUGGUGCUUUCAGUGCAUAUGUAACAAGGUGAUUACUCAUGAUUAUACUUGUUCACGUAUAUGCUUUGGUACAAACAUUUUACACAUCCCCACAUGUCUGCACUUGUUUACAUAUAUGUACUUUGGAGUGAAUGAUGGUGAAAGUUUUUCUUUUUCGUGCCAUCCUGCAUUGGUGGGAAUUGGCCAGUGUGUUAAUAAAAAAAAAUAAUAAUUCUAUCAUUCAUUUGCACUUGUGUAUUUAAUACACAUGCUUUCCUAUAAUUCUUUCUCUGCAAUGAAAAAGAGAAAAGGAAGCACAGAUGUACACUGUCACUUCUUGGUCAUCUUGCCUUUCCUCUCACUCACUCUCUCUCACUCUCUCAUUCUCACUCUCACUCUCUCUCACUCUCACUCUCACUCUCUCUCUCUCUCUCUCUCUCACACUCUCUCUCUCUCUCACACACACACACACACACACACACACACACACACACACACACACACACACACACACACACACACACACACACACACACUCACACUCACA